GUUUAAGCAAUCAUAUAAUGAGCAGUAUUGAACAUUUUCAUCUUAAUCAAAGCAAUCGUUGUUGAGUUCAAGUUCAAAUUUAAAUAACAAAAUUCAAUUGUUUGUUAAAAGUAUUUUGUGACUAUAAUUUUUAACUUGAUUUUAAAGUAUUAUAUGAAAUACACAUUCCUUUAAAGUGCUAAAGAUGGAACAAAUUAUCCAACAAAAACUGAUUCAAACAGCAAAAGUAGUGGAGCAGCAAAUCGAGUCAGAAAUUGAACGCUUGGAUAACUUGGAUCUUGAUGAUAUAGAAAAGUUACGGGAACAACGUUUGAAGGAAUUAAAAAGACAGAGUCAACAAAAGCAACAAUGGCUAUCUAUGGGUCAUGGAGAAUAUUCAGAACUUGCUGAUGAAAAAGAAUUCUUUGAGGUCACUAAAAAGAGCAAAGAUAUUGUAUGCCAUUUCUAUAGAGAUUCUACAGAUCGUUGCAAAAUUGUUGAUAUGCAUCUGAAAAUUAUAGCUAAAAAGCAUAUUGAAGCCAAAUUUUGUAAGAUAAAUGUGGAAAGGUGCCCAUUUUUAACAGAGCGACUGCGUAUCAAGGUUAUACCAACAAUAGCACUCAUCAAAGACAGCGUCACAAAAGAUUAUAUCAGAGGUUUCACAGAUCUUGGAAACUGUGAUGAUUUCUCAACUGAAAUGUUAGAAUGGAGAAUUGCACAUUCCCAUGUAAUCAAUUAUAAUGGUGAUUUAUUAACACCUCCUGAUGAAAAACACAGAAAAAAUAAACUGACAAUAGAGAAGAAGAGAACUAUUCGAGGAAAUGAUGCCUCUGAUGAUUCAGAUAUUGAUUUUAAUGAUUAAAGCACAAAAUUGAGAUUAUGAUAAUUUGAAGUUGUGAUGGAAGAGCUUGCAUAUAAAUUUUAGAUAAAAAUUAAAUUAUUGUAUGAAAGAUUAAAAAUUGAAAUGGGUAUCACAUAUGCUAAAAUGCAAUUAAUUCAUUAACAUAAGUAAACAACUGAAAUA